AUGAGCGCCGCGCUCUUCAGCCUGGACAGCCCGGCGCGCGGCGCGCCCUGGCCUGCGGAGCCCGCGGCCUUCUACGAGGCUGGCCGCUCGGGCAAGCCGGGUCGUGCCGCCCAGCAGGAGGGCCUGGCAGAGUUAGGCGCUACCGCGCCCGCAAUGUACGACGACGAGAGCGCCAUCGACUUCAGCGCCUACAUCGACUCCAUGGCUGCUGUGCCCACGCUGGAGCUGUGCCACGACGAGCUCUUCGCCGACCUCUUCAACAGCAACCACAAGGCAGGAGGCGCAGCGGGAGCAGGCAGCCUUGAGCUGUUGCCUGGCGGCCCCGCGCGACCCUCGGGCCCGGCCCUACGCCUCCUCAAACGCGAACCAGACUGGGGCGACGGCGACGCUCCCGGCUCGCUGUUGCCCGCGCAGGUGGCCGCGUGCGCGCAGACCGUGGUGAGUCUGGUGGCGGCUGCGCAACCUACGCCGCCUGCGUCCCCCGAGCCGCCACGCGGCAGCCCCAGGCCGCCCCCGCCUGCCCGCGACAAGAGCUCGGGCAAGAGGGGCCCAGACCGCGGCAGCCCAGAGUACCGGCAACGGCGCGAGCGCAAUAACAUCGCCGUUCGCAAGAGCCGCGACAAAGCCAAGCGGCGCAACCAGGAGAUGCAGCAGAAGUUGGUGGAGCUGUCCGCAGAGAAUGAGAAGCUGCAGCGGCGCGUGGAGCAGCUCACGCGGGACCUGGCCGGCCUCCGGCAGUUCUUCAAGCAGCUGCCCGGGGCGUCCUUCCUCCCCGCCGGGGCCUCUGAUGGCCGGUGA